AUGUGUGCAGGCUCGGCGCUGCGGCAGGAGCACCGGCAGGACUACGGGCAGGAAUUCCGGCAGGAAUUGCACCAGGAGUACCGGCGCUCACUGGAGCGGGAGUUCGGCCCCGCCGGAACCUGCCCCGGCCCCGCGGUGACGGAGCGGCUGCGGCAGCGGCUGCAGCAGGAGCCGGCGCUGCUGAGGACCCUGCACGAGGAUGCCCUUACACUGCUGGCCCGGGGGCUGCGGGACCACCCCGACCCCGGGCGGGCACUGCAAGGCCUGGCCGGCGCCUUCCGGCUGCUGGAGCUGGCGGCUGUCAACCUCUACCUCUUCCCGUGGCGCCGGGAGUUCGGCACCAUCCCGACUUUCUCUGGCGCCUACGUUCACCUGCUGCGCCCAGCGCUCCCCGAAGCUGACCUGGUGCGGAGUUUGGGCCGACUGGGCUAUGAGAGACAGGACCAGCACCGCCUGGCUGUGGCCCGGCUGCCCCCGGGGUCCGCGCUGAUCGCCGCUGCUGUCGGUUUCCUCGCCUGCCGCCUGGAGUGUGAGAUCCUGGCAGAGCUGGCGCCGCGGCUGCAAUGGCCCCGCGCCGAGGAGCUGCUGGAGGUGCGGCAUCGGGCCGGGAGUGGCAAGGGGUGCCUGGAGAUGCUGCAGGACCUGGGGACGCAGCACAGGGUGGCUGCUGACUGCGGUGAUGGUGUGGAUCUCUACCAAGAGACACCAGACAGCCUUGAGGACACAGGGGGCAGGGACACAGCCCCCCCAGCGCUGUGGAGGGACCCUCAGGAUGUGCCCACAAGGGGUUGGGGACGCUGCGAUGACACACUUGGGCCAGAGCCUGUGGGCAGCGUCGAUCCAGACACCUCCUCUCACCUCUUCCCAGAGCAGGGGACCGGCAGAAAUCUGCAGGUGCUGGGGGAACCCCAGGAUUCCCUCCAGGACACGCCAGAGCUGCCCUGCUACCAGCUGCACUCGUGCCUGCGCCGGGGCAUGCUGCCCUCGUACUGCUGCAGCACCUGCCGGCAGCUGCACGGCCGUGGCUGUGCCGUGGGACACGCCUGCCGCAGCCGGCACCGCGGCCAGGAGCUGCGCGGGGAGCGGCAGCAGCGGCUCUGGCUGCAGCGCACAGAGCUGGACAUGCUGCUGGCCGAGGGCUCUGCACCCCGCUCCUGA